CAUGAUGUAAACAAGGAAGUGAGAUGCGUUAGCGACACUUCGUCUGUUUAUGUAGUUGCUACACUUCAACUAUACAUGUUUGUUAUAUUGUCCUAUGAAUAGUAAAACUGUCUAGAAUGGAUCGCAGGCAUAGAGAGAUUCUUCAGCAGAAAAGAAGAGAUCUUGUGGAAAGUUUAGACCCUUCGGAUGUCUACGAUGGGCUUUUGUCAAGGGGCAUCUUUACUGGCGAUAUGAUAGAUGAGAUAAAGAGCUCUGGAACCAGGCGAAAUCAAGCCAGGAAGCUGGUGAGUGACCUAGAGACACGAGGAAAUCGGGCUUUCCCAGCCUUCCUGGAGUGCCUUCGAGAGACUGGGCAACACACGCUGGCUGAACUGCUGGAGAGUGGAGACUCUGCUCCUGUUUCUGUACCUGUUCCUCUCCCUGUGCAACCUGCUGUAAUCCCCCUCCCUGUCCCAAGGAAUCCUGUGGAUUUUAAAAAGCCAGGAAGAGCUGAUGCUCCUGAGAAACUGCUUCCUCUGAAACCAACAACACUGCCUAUAGGAUCUCCCAAGGAUGAAACUGAAAUCCCUAGAACACCUAGGCCCAGGAGUGAUAGCAUACAGAGCUAUAAGAUGGACGCCAGUCCGUGCGGAGUCUGUCUGAUCAUCAACAAUGUGGAAUUUGACGCUGGCACAGAGCUGAAGAACCGCACGGGGUCUGACAUCGACAGUGAAAAGCUGGAGAGACGAUUCAGAUCUCUGAACUUUCAUGUUAUUGUUAAGCGGAACCUAAAAUGUAAGCACAUACGACAUGAGCUGUCCGUGCUAGCUAAAAUGGAUCAUUCUGAGUAUGACUGCUGUGUGGUGGUCAUCUUGUCACAUGGCACUGAGGCCAGUCACAAUCGCUUCCCUGGAGCAGUCCAUGGUGUGGAUGGUCCCUCUGUCCCAGUACAGAUCAUCACUAACUACCUCACUGGGCAGAACUGUCCAUCUCUGCAGGGCAAGCCCAAACUCUUCUUCAUUCAGGCAUGUGGAGGAGGUGAGAAAGACACAGGCUUUGAGGUGUCACCGGAAGAGGUACAGCACACAGCAGUAAGGCUUGACGAGCAGGCGGACGCCAUCCCCACAUCCUCCAGCAGUGAUUCACUUAGCUUAUCUGAUGAGCCAGACGCUCGGGCCAGCCUCCCCACACCCAGCGACAUCCUAGUGUCCUACUCAACCUUUCCAGGGUAUGUAUCCUGGAGGGACACAAACACAGGCUCGUGGUACGUGGAGACUCUGGAUUGCGUUCUGGAGACGAACGCUGCCACUGAUGACCUCGCCACCAUGUUAAUACUGUUGAACCAUGAGGUCUCUCAGAUAUCCGCCAAAGGCCUGUACAAACAGAUGCCUGGAUCUUUCAACUUUCUCCGGAAGCUGUUCUACUUUCAGGCACCGAAGACAUGAGGCACUAAUGAUGUGCUUAAACAACUGAAAUAUGUAUCAAUCUUGAGCCUCAAGAUUGAGACUGGCUAAUAUUGAGUCGAUUUGAGAGAAUGGAAUCAACAUUUUUUUAAAAAAACAACUCGAUUCAUUUUAAACGGCACUUUGCUUGGCGAUUGAGUUAAAGCCUGACACGUCUGUGUGCACUAUAUACUGUCACAGUGCAAUCCGUUAUUAUUGGCACCCUUGGUAAAUACGAGCAACGGUGGCUUAAAAAUGGUCUUAAUUGUUUAACCUUUUGAUCUUUUGUUCACAAAAUCCUCUGCUUUCAUGGAUAUCAAACAAUUGCAAAUACAACACGGGUUUAGCUAAAAAAAAAAAAAACAAAGAAAAAUCUUUGUUAAAUAUAGGUGUGCAACAAUUAUUGGCACCCCUAUGAAUUCAUAUGAGAAAAAUAUAUUUGAAGUAUAUUCCCACUGAUAUUUUAAAAAAUUUUAGUACACCUAGGUGACUAGGAACAGGAAAUUGUUCAACCAUGACUUCCUGUUUCAUAGGGGUAUAAAUAUGAGGUAACACAUAGGCCAAAUUCCCUUAGUCAUUCAUAACAAUGGGUAAGAAUAUAGCUGUGAUGUGCGGUAAAAGGUUGUUGAGCUUCACAAAGUGGGAAGUGGCUAUAAGAAAAUAACACAAGCAUUGAAAACGCCCAUUUCCACCAUCAGGGCAAUAAUUAAGACGUUCCAGUCGACUGGAAAUGUUAUGAAUCGACCUGGAAUUGGACGUGUGUCUAUAUCGUCUCAACACACUGUGAAGAGGAUGGUUCGACUGGACAAAAAAUCUGCAAGGAUCACAGCUGGAGAAUUGCAGAAGUUAGUUGUGUCUUGAGGUCAGAAAGUCUCCAAAACUACAAUCUGAAGUCACCGACAUCACCACAAGUUGUGUGGAAGGGUUUCAAGAAAAAAAAAUCCUCUACUUUCUUGUUUGCAACUGCUUGAUAUCCAUGAGAGCAGAAUAUUUUUGUGAAUUUUUUUUUUUUAAUUUUUUUUUUUUUUUUUUUUACAAAAAAUCAAUAAACAAUACAGCCAAUGUUUCACAGCCUUAUUUGCUCCUAUUUACCAAGGGUGCCAAUAUUAGUAGAGGGCUCUGUAUCUAUAUAAACAUGUUUACCAUGCUGUUGGAUGCUAAUCCUGGGGUGACCUUUAUUCAUUAGUUUUUAUAUUUACUACUGCAUUUCAUUGUGAAUUUCUGAUCUUUUUUUUUUUUUUUUAAAUGAAAGGUGCUGUAAUUUGUCUAAAGAUUCACAUAAACACUUCGAUUAUGAAAACCAA